UUAUCCUCCCGCAACCGCCCGCAACCGCAACCGCAAACGCUAGGUGGAACCAGCUUUUGAAUUUAUGAGGUUCAGAGCGAUUUAGAGUGGUUUGGAGCGGUUUGGAGCGGUUUGAGCGAUUGUUGCGAAACGCCAACAACCGCUACCAACCGCAAAAGCUGCGUUUGCGGGUGGUAGCGGGAAAACCAGUCAUACCCUUAAACACCUUGCAAAAGAGAUGGAAGCCAUUCGCAUUCCUCUCGCGUCUUAAUUAUAUUAAAUUUAUUAACCCCAUGCGCCAUGGGGAGCUGAAACGAUUCGCAUUCCUCUCGUCUUGGGUAAUCAACCCUGGAUGCUUAUAAAGUUGUGUAGCUGCACUGUUGAAGUACAUCGUCCGUGUCUGUCUCUCUCUUGGUGCAACUCAGAGGGGUAAAUACUUAAACCAUUUUGGUUUUUAUGAUCUUUGAUUACAUUGACUCCUUUCGUUAAUGAAAGGGUUUUUUGAUUAUUUAAUUUUACAAAUUUAGAUCUGUAGGAGUCACCAUCAAGACCAAUGGGGGAUGACAUCAAGUUCACUUGGGUGAUAAAAAAUUUCUCAUCUUUGGAAUCUAAGAAAAGUUAUUCUGAUCAAGUCGUCGGUAGUGGCUGCAAAUGGAGUCUCAUGGCCUACCCCGGUGAAAAUAGUAAGGCUAGUACACUGUGUCUGGCUAUUUGGGUUAAUGAUGGUCCAAAUGUGCGUUCUGGGUGGAGUGAACACGCAAAACUUUCAUGCACUAUUGUUAAUAAAAAUCCAGAAAAGGUCUCUCAAAUGGAAGAAACAUAUUGCGCGGAACGCACAAAGUGGGGAUUUAGAUUUAUAUCUAUAAUUCCCCUUAGCGAGCUGGAGGACGAAAAUGGUGGGUUUAUUGUUAAUGGAGAAGUCAAGAUUGUUGUGGAGUUAGAGAUUUUUGUGUUGGUAAAACAAACUCUGAAUAAUACAAAGCUGAAUGAUAAAGGUGAUUUGGUAGAUGUCAAUGGGUUUCAAGUUCUUCCUUCACAGGUAACAUUUGCGAGGCGUAUUUUUGAAAAACACUCUGACGUUGCACUAGUACUCCGUGCAAAGAACAAACAUCUGAGGACAGCAUGCAUGAAUGUCCUACUUUGCCUGAUCGAAACAUUAUGCCUGGGACCUGGGGAGCUUUCCAGUGAAGAUCUGGUGGAAGCAGAUAAUGCACUUGCAUACGUUAAAAAUGCGGGGUUUAAGGUGGAUUGGUUGGAGAAGAAGCUCACGAAAGUGAAGGAAAAUAAGAAGAUGGUGCAUAUUGGUGAGACUCGUAUGCGAGAGUUGGAGGAAGAACUGAAAAACCUUAAGCAAAAGAGCUUGGAGGUCUAAGCUCUGUUGGAGAAAGAAAAGGCAGAUGUGUUGGCCACAAAAACUCAUCUAACAUUGGACGAUUUUGUCUGACUUGGGUCCUGCUUGUUGUGUUCUGCGUUUCAGUCUCUAGGUCUCUGUCAUAAUGUAAUGCACGCAGUUUGAAUGAAAAGCAAAGUGUUAAUUAAGUUAGCUAUCAAGCUUCUAUGCAGGUCCAUUGUUUAUGGGGUUUACACUUCAUCGAUGAAAACAAAAAUCUUGAUAGCUUAAUAAGCUACUUUCUUUUGAAUCUGUGAAGGUUGUAUGAUCAAAUAAUCCGUUUCACUGAUUCAUAAGCCUUAGACUGUUCCUCCAACUCACCAGAGAAGAGAGUCUUCAAGUCAACACCACAUAGUAGUGACGCCAAGUACAUAAGAUCAAUAACUCGAACAGCAGAAGUGAUACAAGCGACGUAAUGUCUACAUUAUCAGCCAUAGAAAAGUACCUGCGAGCCGUAAGUAGCUCAAUAGAAUGAUUCCAAACCGAGACUCGUAUCUCGCUCGGACUCAAAACCCUAAAUUUGGACAGCUAACGAGAGCAACAGCGUGAUGAUCAAGAAACCGGAGGAACAACUAGUGUCCGGUUAAGAAUUCCCGCCAUUAGGACAGCGUUCGAACUCCGACAGCUGAUUACAUUUUUUUCUGAAUAUCUUAGCCCAUAAUAGGACAGUGGCAUGGGUAGACAUACACAUUUAAUUUUUGUUUUGGUUCGGUUAUUUUAUUCUCGAUUCUUUAUUUCUGUGUAAACUGUUCGAAUUUUUAUAAAAUUUGUUUCGGUUAUGACUUAAUUUGAUUCGAUUCUUUAGAUUCUGAUGUAAAUAUUGGAACCGGUUAAUAUUUUUAAAAAAAAUUGGAGCAAAAUUCAUGUCUGAUUUGAUUUUGGUUCGGUUAAGAUUUUUUGGGUAAUUUGAACAAAUACCAGACAAUUUGGAUUGUUCGAGCAAAAUAUAAGUAAGUAAAAUUGUUAAGAUAAUAUAUCGGGUAAUUCAUAUUAAUUUAUAUAAUUCAAAUAAGAUAUUCGAAUAAUUCAAUUUUUGAUAAUUUAAUUUAUUAGAUUUUUUUUGAAAGUAUAUAUAAUAUUUAAAGUAUAUAAAUUGUAUGUUAGAUAUUCAAAUAGUUUUGAUUCAUUUAGAUAUAUAUAUAAAAGAAAAAAUUACUCUCAUAGACACUUUAUGAGUUUGUAUUAACACAAUUAGACACUUUAUGCUUGACAGACACUUUCUUGUUGUCUAAAGACAAAAAUACCCUAGUGACAACUCAUUAUCUUACACUCUCUCCAUCUCUCUCACGUGCACCCUCUCUCCAUCUCACUCACGAUACUCUCUCUCCAACUCACUCUCAUUCAAAAGCAAGAAAAAAAAACCCUGAAAAUUUAAUUUUCUCAGAUGUCAUCUCAAUUCACAAACCAUAACCUUCCAUUACAUCCUUAAAUUCUCAAAUAUAGACCUUUAGCGAAUUGGAGCUGGAUUUCACUGACAUAACCUUCUUUCUUGGCCUUAACAAGCUUGGCCGGCGGUGACGAGUUGAACGCGACUUCAGAUUUGGAGAGUUCGGUGAGAGCGACGAGCUUUCUGGGCUUGUGGUAGAACCUUAACAAGCUUGGCCGGCGGUGACGAGUUGAACGCGACUUCAGAUCUGGGAUUGUGGUAGAGUCGCUUAGGAGAUGUGAGUUCCUACGAGACUAGUUCCGAUAACAAUGGUGGUGGAUACUGUAAAGAUGGGAGACGUGAGGGUGAGGGAUACAAAAGUGGAGGCCAUGGUAGAGGUGGCGGUGGAUAAAACAAACAUGUUCAAGGUGUAUUUUUAGGAUUGAAUAUCCAUGUCCACACAUAUUUGUUCACCAAAGUGGCUUACACAAAAUACAUGUACAUAAAAACUACACGGUAUGCAUAAAGUACUUGUCCACAGAUACUAAGAAAUUAUGUAAGAUGAUUAGGAAUAUAAGAACUUGUCCAAGAAAACACAUCCAUGAAACUUAGUUCAUGAAACCUCAUCCACGAAAAUUUUAAAGAAAUUUUCUAUAUUUUUUAUCAAUCCAUGUCCACAUCUUUUUAUGUUCACGUAUUUUUCUUACAUGUUCACAAUUUUGCAUCCACACUUUUUAUGUCAUACAUUUUUUUUAUAUAAUUGUUGAAAUAUAUAAACUAUAUAUAUGAAAAUGGAUGUUAAAAUAUAGAGAAAAACAAAUUAUAAUUUAUUGUAAUAAUUAUAAUUUCUUCAAAUGUCUUAAACUCUGAGAAAAAACAAAUAAAAACACAAGAACUUUGCAAAAAGAACAAAGAAAAAGUUGAGAAAAAAUAAAUAAAAUAAAAAAAUGCAACUAUCCUCUAGUUUCUCUUAACCAA